UUACUAACUGCCAAAAAUCUUCUAACCUGACAGCCUUACAGAYCAACGCAAGAGGUUAUCCGGCCCAGCCCGACGCGUUCUCAAUUCAAAAUAGACAGCUAAAAAAGUCUUGAAAUUAAAGAGGAAAAGAGAGUAGAGUGUAAUAAGUGACAUCACUGAGAAAUGGCGGGAUUGAAGUGCAUGGGAAUUCUUGUUGCUAUGGUAAUUCACGUGACUCUAUCUGAUGAUAUAAGUACUGUAUGUUUGGAUAGCGAGUUUCAGUGUGGAGACUAUAAAAAGUCCUGUAUUCAUAAAUCAUGGCUGUGUGACGGGGAACCCGACUGCCCUGACUCAAGUGACGAAAGAUAUUGUCAUACUCCUGCUAUGGACCCGUCCGACCCUCCUGCUGCAAACACCACGACUUUAACUGCUUCUACAGCUCCUAUGACCACAAAGAGAAGAGUUAAAACCACGUCACGACCCCCCUUAGUCAAAACAGUCGAUCCUGCUUGUGAGAAAUUGAUCCUAAACAGCUGUGAUAACGUGGACUACGCCAAUAUAAGGCUGCCAAAUGUUUUUGGUCACUCCAAUCAGAACAUCGUAAGACGAGCGAUGAGACGCUGGGUUCCUAUCCUUAGGACAGGCUGCUCGUCAGAUUUGAAAGAGUUUCUUUGUAGAGUAUAUGCGCCACCUUGUCAAAUUUCAAGACUUCCAUGCAGGUCGAUGUGUAAGCGAAUCAAAAAGCAGUGCCAUAAAACGCUGAAAAGACAAAAAUUAAAAUGGCCGUCUAGUCUGCGAUGUAGCAUUUUACCAAGGAAAGGAUGUUUUAAUGGCCGUGCUGCAACGAUGUCUACUGCCAAACCAACGCACCGACGACGACGUCCUUCACGUCCAACACGAAAACAUACUUCAGGGUCGUCCUUCAAUGGUUGUCAAGUCAUAACAGUCCCAACUUGUAAAGGUGUGGGCUACAAUCUCACGUCAUUUCCAAACUACUUCAACCACCGAACUCAGGGAGAGGCAGGACUAGAGGUUCAUCAGUUUUAUCCACUUAUAAAAGUCGGAUGCUCAAAUUAUUUGAACUUCUUUCUGUGCUCUCUGUACGUUCCUCCAUGUCAACAAAAUGGCAAUAUGGGUAACAUUCUUCCAUGCCAGUCUCUUUGCGAGGCGUCUAGAAAUGGUUGUGUUAAGUUAAUGGAAAGGUUUGGUUUUAGUUGGCCCGAGUCAAUAUCUUGCUCAAAGUUUCCCAAGGAUGACGGUCCAGUCCUAUGUAUGAAAGCACCCCAUCUUAAACCAGGAAGUACACCAAUGGUACCUCCAACACCUUUUCCAACAACAGAAAGACCUCAAAUCAAAACUCCUCCACCACCAACUACAUCAACAGUAUCUAAUGUUUGCGAAAAGAUAACGACUCCAAUAUGCGAAGACUUGGGCUACAACCUUACAGUCCCAAACUUACCAAGAAAGCAAAACCCCAGGACUAUGCGAAACGUACUGCUUACUAUUAAAUCCAGAUGUUCAAAAGACCUCUAUAGGUUCCUGUGUAUCGGGUAUAUGCCUCAAUGUUCUGUUAAACAUGGGUUGAUACCUCCGUGUCGUGAACUUUGCUUACGAGCUAAUAGUGAUUCAUGCGCGAGGGCAGUACUGGGAGAACUGGCAACCCAGAAUUGCUGGAAAUAUCCGAAAUAUGGAGAUCCUGGACGUCUUUGUAUUGGAGUGAAUAACCAAGAGUCUACUUCAUUGCCAAACAUAUCUACAGUGAAAACAAACGCACCACAUUCUACUGCAUUGCCUAACAUAUCUACAGUGAAAACAAGCGCUGCACAAUGUGGUGGGAGCAUAACUAGUCCAAGAGGAUCGCUGACGUCACCCAACUAUCCCGAGCCUUAUCCAAGUGAAACUCAAUGCAAAUGGAUUAUAAAACUCCCAGCUGCUUACAAUAUGAUUAAGAUUACCAUCGACACAAUGCGUCUUGAACAAGAUCGCAACUGUUUCUACGACUACGUAAUGAUUGUGGAUAAGAUGCUGAAUCAAGUUGGUCCUCGUCAUUGUGGAACAUACCGCCAACCGUAUGUGAUUCCCGUGAGAGGAAACGAAGCAUCGAUUGUCUUUGUAUCAGACAAGAACACAAGCAAGCAGGGUUUUACACUCACUUAUAAAGGACUGAAUAUGGACGGUGCAAAAGGGAUGCUCGUUCUUGUCGUGUUUUUGAUGCUGAAAAGUUAUUCCAAAGGUUUGCCGACCGUUCCGUCUAGAUGCGAGGAGCUUGUAACACCCAUGUGUAAAAGUUUGGGAUACAAUUACACAGCAAUACCGAACAUCCUUGGACAAAGAAGUCAACAUGAAGCAGCACUUCGACUUUAUCAAUUCUCCCCUCUCGUUAAAAUUGGUUGUUCGCCAUAUCUCCGUCAGUUCCUAUGCUCAGUCUAUCUUCCUAUGUGUAAAUCGGACGGUUCAUCGUUUCUUCCAUGCCAAUUUCUCUGUGAGCAAUCCUUAAAAGAYUGCUCUAGGAUUAUGGGAAGGUUUGGAUUGACGUGGCCUAACUCACUGAAUUGUUCUAAGUUUCAGGAUAGCCCAGGAACAUGUAAACGUACUGGAAAGCAAUCUGGAAUUGAUAGUCAAAGUUAUUCGCCUUCAAACAGUUCAAACCCACAAGAUGGUGAUGAUGAUGAUGAUUUCACUGAUGAAUCUGGGUCAGGAGAACUUCAAGUCCCUUCGCCUGUGUUACCAAGAUGCGAACGUCUUACAAUACUGCCUUGUACAAAAUUAUACAACACGACAAUUCUACCAAACUUCUUCAACCACACGAACCAAUAUGAAGCAGCACUCCAGUUGGGUCAGCUGUAUCCUCUUGUAUCGGCGAGCUGUUAUAAAUACAUCGCGGAGUUUUUGUGUUCACUCUACGCUCCAAAGUGCAGACUAAAUGGAUUUCUCCCACCUUGUCGAUCAUUUUGUGAAGAAGCCAAAAGAGGCUGCCUGCCCGUAAUGUCCGAAUUCGGGCUUAGUUGGCCAGCUGCACUUAAUUGCUCAAUGUUCCACAACAAAUCGGGGGGAGCAUGCGUUGGAAAACCAUCUGCUCCAUGGACUCCACAACCUAGAUGUGAAAAGAUGACAAUACCCCAGUGUCAAGAUCUGGGAUAUAACUAUACAUCUGUGCCAAACUUCUUCAACCAAUCCACUCAGAACGAAGCAGCACGUAGUAUCGGUAAACUUUACCCUCUUGUAAGUAUUGGCUGUUCCAAAUACCUUAAGAAGUUCUUAUGCUCGCUCUACGCCCCAAAGUGCAGGGCAAAUGGUUUUCUUCCUCCGUGUCGAUCUAUAUGUGAAGAAGCUAGAGAAGGUUGCCGUCACCUACUCUACAAAUUUGGGUUUCGUUGGCCAGCCACACUGGAUUGCUCACAGUUUCAUAACAGAAGAAGAGGACCAUGCAUUSAAAGAUCAUCUCGAAGCAGAUCCACAGCAAAACCAUCGUCCAGUCCGAUGUCUGUUCCUACCACUAACCAACCUCGACCGACUAAACAAUYUAGAUGUAAACCACUCAACGUACCAAUGUGCAAAGGACUGAGGUACAACUACACUGUCCUACCUAACUUUCUCAACCAUGAAAGUCUGAGAGAAGUACGUACCAAUAUCAAUAUAUGGCGCCCUAUCAUGAAGACUGGUUGUUCCAAUUACCUAAAGCAGUUCUUAUGUACAGUUUACGCUCCUCCGUGUACUGUAGUUGGUGUUCGACUUCCUCCAUGUCGAUCUAUAUGCGAAAAAGCGCAAAGAGAAUGCAGUAGCGUACUGUCUAAAUUCGGGUUAAGUUGGCCAUCUGACCUGAAUUGCUCACUGUUUCCUUAUAGASGAAAAGGCUUAGUUUUUUGYAUUGACAUGUCAUCCGGAAGCAAAUCCACGAUAAAGCCACCAUCCAGAACGACACCACGGUAUGGUGGCAGUCUAACAAGCAUUCAAGGAACACUSACCACGCCUAACUAUCCAAACCAGUACCCGACUGAUGCUCAUAUUACCUGGAWAAUUACACUUCCACCACCKUACAACAUGGUUGAGAUUUCUWUUAAUGACAUGCAACUUGAAGAGGACCGCAACUGUUUCUUCGACUACGUAAUGGUUCUUGACAARAUGCUGAAUCAAGUGGGYCCUAGUCUUUGUGGAACAUUUCGCCAACCAUACAUUAUUCGUGUGAGAGGAAAUGAAGCAUCRAUUGUUUUUGUAUCAGACAAAAACACAAGCAAGAAGGGUUUCUCUCUCAKUUACAAKGGACUGAUAUCAUAA